AUGUGUCCCUCCCGCUCCCCCUUUCUGGGCUCCCCUCCCUUUUUGGUUUUCCCUCCCUCUGGAUUCCUCUCUUCUCCCUCUGGGUUUCUUUCCUCUCCCUUCGGGUUCCUCUCCUCUCCCUCUGGGUUUCUCUCCUCCCCCCCUCGGUUUUUCUCCUCCCCUUCUGGGUUCCUCCCCUCAUCCUCUGGGCUCCUCUCCUCCUUUGUGUUUCUUUCCUCUCCAUAUGGGUUCCUCUCCUCUUCCUCUGGGCUCCUCUCCUCUUCCUCUGGGUUUCUUUCCUCCCCCUUUGGGUUCCUCUCCUCUUCCUCUGCUCUCCUCCCCCCCUGGGGUUUUCUCCUCCCCUUCUGGGUUCCUCCCCUCUUCCUCUGGGCUCCUCUCCUCAUCCUCUGGGCUCCUCUCCUCUCCCUCUGGGUAUCUUUCGGGUUCCCUACUUCCUUUCUGCCAGACUCUCCCCAUUGUCCUCAUUAG